AUGGUUCGAGAGUCUGCCGCAUCGGCCGGCGAGGUGGCCGCUAGCGGGGCAGCAUCCGCUAGCGCCCCUGUGCUGGCCGAGUCUCAGGUGGCGACCGGCUCAGGCACUGCCGCUGCUGGAACCGCGGCUAGUGCACCCGCUCUUCGCCGUCGGCACCACAAGGAAACAUUGUCUACGGACAAAUUCGCGGCUUACGCGAAGUUGGACAACGACAUCGGACGUCUUCAGUCCAAGUUAAACAAAGUGAUCUCGCUCAACAUGAACUCUGUACUGACUUCCGCAAUCAGCUCCGAUUUGGGAGUUUACAAUGUUGUCAAGAACGCUACCUACCUCAUGCCAAAUCCCAACCAGUCCGAACUACAACAGAGUGCAAAAAAAUUAGCCCAGUUGACGAUGAUCUCAGAGCUGUUCAAAUCCUUGAAAAUGUUUGCGGUCGUGGGAACUGGACCAUGUACUGGAGACGGGCCCAAUGGAGCGCUAUCAGGAAAUGACGUUGUAUCAUACUGCAGCGAUGACGGAGUCUUGAUGAACAUCGUCCGAGCCGAUGGCGACAAGAUGAACGAGAAGAUCCCUAACGGGAACUUGCUAUCGCAAAAGUAUGGAUUUGAGACCAAGUAUCUGAUCUCCACAGCUUGGAGCUGUCAAGAGAAAUGCCAAGCUCAUCUCAAGUCUACCACCAGUGGUCCUUCACAUCCAACUAACUCGACGACCACGAUCGCUGAAACCUCGAACCGAAUCAAUAGCGAUUGCGCGUUCACUCUGCCCGUUUGUGACACCAGACUACCUGAAAUCCGAAAAAGGAUCGCCAACCAUGACAACGUCGUUAUUGCGUGUCGUGAGGCAGGUAACUUGGACAUAUGA